AUGGAGCUCGGGUGCUCGGUGAUCUCGCCGCUGGCCCCGCAUAAGCACACCCACACCGUGAUAUUCUUGCACGGCCGCGGCGACACCUCGCGGAACAUGGCCGACGCCCUGCUGUCGCGGUGGACGAGGAAUUCGCGCGGCCGCUCGCUGGUAGAUGAGUUUCCGUCGGUGCGCUGGGUCUUUCCGGAAGCCGAGCCCCGUCUCGCCGAAAACCUUGGCGAGGUAUGGCCGCAGUGGUUCGACGUGUCCAACAUGUUGGACCUGACCGACGCCGAGGAGAUGCAAGUCUUCGGCUUACGCGGCAGCGUCGCCAGCAUCCGGCGGAUCGUGCGGCGCGAGGCCCGCACUGUUGGCGGCAUGGACCACGUUGUGCUAGCGGGCGUUAGCCAAGGCGGCGCUACAGUGUUCCAUACUUUACUACAUCUUGACGACGGCGGCGGCUCCGAGAGUGCCGACGGUGAGCUUAUGGCGUUGGAGGAGAAAGGAGAGGAAGAGGUACCGAAAUCGGAGUCCCGACUCUGCGGCAUCAUGGGUUUCUCAUGCUGGCUACCGUUUCCGGGCGGGUCGUUAGAGGAAACCCGCGAGGUGCUAGGGAUGGAGGACGGGUGGCCUAAAACGGAUACCGUGGUGCGAAAUACGCCUGCAUUCCUAGGCCACUGCGCCGACGACUCGCUUGUCUUUGUCGAGUACGGGCGGCAGUUGAGGACUGGACUUAAGAGUUUCGGUAUGAAUGUCGAGUGGCAUGAAUAUGAGGACGGGGGGCAUUGGAUUAAUGCUCCGAAGGGUGUGGAUGAUGCGGUGGAAUUCCUCAAGGCGCAAGGGAUACCACUGGCGGAGUUAGAGGAGGAUAAAUAG